AUGUUUAACGGAUUUUCUUCUACAGGAAUUGAACCAUGGACUUUUGUUCAGAAAUUAGGGGAUGCAGUUUUGAUACCCGCAGGCUGCCCUCAUCAAGUUAGAAAUUUGAAGUCAUGCAUAAAGGUGGCACUGGACUUUGUAUCCCCUGAAAAUGUUCACGAGUGCGUCCGUUUGACUGAAGAAUUUCGCAGGCUUCCUCAAAACCAUCUGGCUAAGGAAGAUAAGCUAGAGGUGAAGAAAAUGAUUAUCCAUGCAUUGAGCCAAGCAACAGAUGUCAAUGUUCAUCAGUUUUUUAAAGGGUAUUCGGAGGGUCAAUUUGACCAGUCUGGGUGGCCUCAGAUUUUGAAGUUGAAAGACUGGCCUCCAUCCACUUUGUUUGAGAAGCAGUUGCCGCGUCAUGGUGCUGAGUUCAUUAAUUGCUUGCCUUUCAAGGAGUAUACACAUCCUCGCAGUGGAUACUUGAAUCUUGCUGUUAAAUUACCCAAAAAAUCUCUGAAGCCAGAUAUGGGACCAAAGACUUACAUAGCUUAUGGAUUUUGUGAGGAGCUUGGACGUGGAGACUCAGUCACAAAGCUUCAUUGUGAUAUGUCUGAUGCAGUGAAUGUGUUAACACACAUUGAAGCAGUGGCCUUACCAUCUUCGCAACUUUCAACCAUAAAUAAGUUGAAACGGGAUCAUGCUGCCCAGGAUCAGCGGGAGUUUUCCAGAAAUGGUCAGAAAGUAGGUCAAAUCACUCAAGUUGAAAUGGGACUAUCCGAGAUUGAUGUACAAGGUUCACUGCAGAUGUUGGAAACAGAUGGUAUUGGCUUGGAAAAAGAAGCCAGAGAUUUAACGGUAUCUGAUCUAGUGAAUGGGACCAUGUCAAACUCACAGGCUGAGUUAGAGGGAGGCUUGCAUAUUGUAAACAAUGGUGUAGAAGGGCAAGAACCUGGCAGAGAGGGAAAAAUUAAGGAACACGAUCCAGUUGUGUCAUCAGAAGUCAAAGUUGCUGAAAAUGGCACUGAAGUCAAUGGAAAUAAAAAGAAGCGCCCUGGAAGGAAUAAGAGUAAGAAAUCGCCCAGUGUAUUAGGAAUGACAAAUGAAACAGUAGAUAGAAAAGUGAGUGGUGGUGAGAGAGAAAGUAGUGUUACCACUGAAGAAGGUAAUAAGACUUCGUUUGAAGGGAUUGAAGAUGAUGACUGUGGUGCUCUUUGGGAUAUCUUUAGAAGGCAAGAUACCCCUAAACUAGAGGAAUAUAUCAAGAAGCACGUGAAGGAAUUCAGGCAUAUCUAUUGUAACCAACUGCAGGAGGUAAUGAUAUGUCCUCCCAAAUUGAUCUUCCUGAAAUUUAAUGAAAGAUUUUAUCUCUUGCAUUAUAUAAUAUCUGUGAUUGAUGCAUGCUCUAAGGUUCAUCAGAAUUUUUUAGAAUGCAAAAGCAUUUUCGCCGCUGGUAAUUUUGUUUGGAUAUCAAUCAUUUGGUCUGAUAAGGCACAUGCUGUUCAAUUUCUUUUUUGA